AUGUCACGUCGCGAAUCAAAUCCUCUCUACAAACUAAUUGUUUUAGGCGAUGGUGGUGUCGGUAAAACGGCACUCACCAUUCAGCUAUGUCUAAACCACUUCGUAGAGACCUACGACCCUACUAUUGAAGACUCUUAUAGAAAACAAGUCAUGAUCGACGAUCAGCCUGCUACUCUGGAAGUUUUGGAUACUGCUGGACAAGAAGAAUAUACUGCGCUACGUGACCAGUGGAUCAGAGACGGUGAGGGCUUUAUUCUGGUAUAUUCAAUUACAUCGCGGUCAUCUUUUUCACGAAUCAAAAAUUAUUAUUCGCAGAUUGAACGUGUUAAAGAUGAGGAUCCAUUUGCCAUUGUUCUAGUAGGAAACAAAUCGGAUCGGAAAGGAGAACGACAAGUAUCAGAACAAGAUGGCGAGCAACUUGCUAGAGAACUUGGUGAUAAUGUAGCAUUUUUCGAGUCGUCGGCAAAACUUAAUAUCAAUAUUGAAAAGGCGUUUUUCGAGUGUGCUAGGAAAUGCAGAGUCAUUCGACAUCCUGAAACCAAUCCUCAAGGAGGCCCCAACAGUAACAAUAACCUGGCUGAUGUACAUAGCGGCUAUGUAGACCAGGGAUUGGGUCAUGGUGGUAAUGCUCUUGGCAACCAAUCAAGUCAGAAUGCUGGUCAGAACCAAAAGGCCCCUGCUAAUCAAGCUCAUAAUAGACCGUCACAUAACGCAGGCACCUCAUCACAGAGUCACGGCCGAUCCGAUACUAGGAAGGCCCAGAAGAAGAAGUCAAAAUGUAUUGUAAUGUGA